AUGAGGCGGGUGCUGGUCGGGCCAAGGCAGUGGGCGGUGAAGGACAGCGUGUGCGGCUCACCAGCCAUGCCCAGGGAGGAGAGCAGGCUGUGGAAAAGCCUUUCAGAAAAGGCACCAAGACCUUCACCUAGUUUUACCUCACCGCAGCACUCAGCUCAGAUCCUGGCGUGUAUUUCAGAAGUACCCGAGGCUUCGCUCGUGCUGGCAAGAGGAGCCAAGCUGAUGCACAAGGGAGAAGCAGAAACUCCCGUGGCAGCGUGGGGUGAACGCAAGCACCGAUAUCUGUUUGCAGCGGGCACAGAAGCUGAUCAGCAGCAACACAAAUACCCCAUGGAAGCUGUUGCCUCCUUUGGUGUUAGGCGGGCGCUAGGCCCAGCUUUGCCUGGUGUGCGUGUUCGGUGUGCUCUAGCUGCAACAUUUGGAUUAAGAAAAAAAAUCAAAACAAGCAGGCAAAAAUAUGCAAAGUUCACUCUGCACUUCCUCCCAAAUAGCUGUAACUCAAACUUCUCCUGUGGCUCCUUCCUUUCUAGGUCCAUAACCAGAGCCUACUACAGGAACUCGGUUGGCGGCCUCCUCCUCUUUGACAUUACAAACCGCAGGUCCUUCCAGAACGUCCACGAGUGGCUGGAGGAGACAAAAGUGCACGUGCAGCCCUACCAGAUUGUCUUUGUUUUGGUAGGUCACAAGUGCGACCUCGACACCCAGCGGCAGGUCACGCGGCACGAGGCUGAGAAACUGGCUGCUGCAUAUGGUAUGAAGUACAUUGAGACCUCAGCGCGGGAUGCCAUUAAUGUGGAGAAGGCCUUCACUGAUCUGACUCGAGAUAUAUAUGAGCUUGUUAAAAGGGGGGACAUUUCAAUCCAGGAGGGAUGGGAAGGGGUGAAGAGCGGGUUUGUCCCAAACGUAGUGCACUCUUCGGAAGAAGUGGUGAAAUCAGAUAGGCGAUGCUUGUGCUGAUCUCCUCUAGUGAGAAGAGUGGUGAUGAACUCUACUAACCACCUGUAUUCUAUUAAGUGAACUCAGCGUGACAGAAGGGAGAGUAACCCUCCCAUUGCGAACAGCCUCCCAUGUUGCUUUGGACACCAGGAGAACAGACCCAGGGAAGAAAUGUUCUGUUCCAAAUAACCUUUCAGAACUGGGAGCGACAACCCAACUGAGCAUGAGUGAGAGGGUGCAUGUGUAUGUUGUAAGGAGCCAGGAAGCAGCAAGGAGGGGGAGCAAGAGCGAGUGCGCGCAGCAGCUCCCCGUGAGGCGGCACACGCCAGGGACCUGCGUGAUGUCCUCUUUUAAGUAAAGCUAUAGCUCCAUGCUGUCUAGUGAGGCCACAGAGAAGAUUGUUUAAUAGCAUGACACACUGGCAGA